AUGACUGCCCUUCCCGAGUCCACUGCUCCCGACACUGCCAAUCCCAAGCGAACGAACGACUUUCGACUCAUAUCCUGUCUCCUCCUCCGCACGCGACUCGACCACGAUGCCUGCAGCCACAAGUACCCCGGCAACGGCACACUCGAAGAGCCUGUAAUUGUCGACUUCCUCCAAAACGACCGACAAGAUGCCAUGAGCUUCUCCAAAGGACGAAAAUGGACGAUUGCCCUUGUCCAGGCGCUCUCCUUCUUUGCAGUGACAUUUGGCAGCUCGGUUUACGCCAGCGGGAUACCAGAAAUCAUGCAACGCUUUCAUGUUUCUGAAGAAGUGGCCAUCUUAGGCCUUUCUCUCUACGUCCUUGGCUUCGCUCUUGGUCCCAUCUUGUGGGCUCCGAUGUCAGAGGUAUAUGGACGCAAGCUGACCUUUGUGGUGUCGUACACGAUCUACAUUGCGUUCACCGUGGCCGCGCCAUGUUCCCCCAAUAUCACAACCUUACUGGUCCUGCGCUUUUUUGCCGGUGCAUUUGGUGCGUCCGCGCAGACCAAUCCUGGCGGAAUGAUUGCAGACAUGUUUACCACGGAGGAGCGCGGUCCGGUGAUGGCAGUCUUUGCUGCGUGUCCGUUCUUGGGGCCUGCCUUUGGACCGAUCGUCGGCGGCUUCGUUGCCGAAACAGUAGGCUGGAGAUGGACCCUCGGGGUGAACGCCAUCCUUUCGGGAGUCUUUUGGAUUGGUGCAUUGCUCCUCACCAGCGAAACAUACGCACCCUUCAUCCUGCGCUCUCGAGCAAAGGCUUUGUCACGCGCGACAGGAAGCGUCCAUGUGUCACAGCUCGACGUGGGCAAGCCUCCCAUCACACUCUCCACGGCCCUCUCCAUUGCAUUCACACGCCCCUGGAUCUUCCUGUUCCGCGAGCCCAUCGUCUUGCUAACUGGCGUUUACACCUCCAUCAUCUAUGCGACAUUGUAUCUCCUCUUCGCCGCCAUACCAAUUGUCUUCGAGGUAACUCGACACUGGAGCCAAGGCAUCGGCGGACUUCCUUUUGUCGGAGUGGCCAUAGGUGUUUGCCUUGCAGUCGGCGCUAGUGGCGUGGACAACAAGAUUUACUUGCGCAUGACAAAGGUGGCCGCCGCAGCUGGACGAGCAGUUGAACCGGAGGCCAGGCUACACAACGCCAUGAUAGGAUCAGUCAUUCUUCCCAUCGGUCUGUUUCUAUUCGCCUGGACGACCUUUCCCGAGAUCUCCUGGAUUGCUCCUGUGAUUGGCGCCACGAUCUUCAGUGCAGGCCUGGUGAUGGUGUUUAUAUCGCUGAUCAGCUACUUGGUCGAUUCUUAUACCAUCUACUCGGCCUCUGCGCUCGCAGCCAACACGGUCAUGCGCUCCUUUUUCGCCACCGCAUUCCCGCUGUUCACUACCCAAAUGUACACCGAUCUCGGAGAUCAAUGGGCGAGCUCCAUCCCUGCGUUCUUGGUCGUUGGGUGCUUGCCUUUUCCGUUUCUGUUCUUCAAGUACGGCUCGAGGAUACGCUCCAAGUGCAAGUAUGCGGCUGAGGCAGCCGAGAUUUGGGAGAUGAUACGUCGUCGCCGUGCCGCAGUGAGUGGUGCUGAGUCGAUUGGACCGAACAAGGAAGCAGCGUAG